AUGGAUCCUAAUUUAGGUCUCGGAAGUAAAAGAAUUUGGGGAUUUUUAUUGUUCUGUUUUAUUCAGAUAUAUCAAGUACACAUUUCCUGGACAGUCGAUAAAGUGAAUUUAACUAGCCAUUAUGAUUUUGAAAACAAGAGCAGCAGUAUAAUGCCGCCGAAAUGGGAUCCCGGUUCCCAAGGAGAGCAGGAAGCGCUUAUAACCAACUUAUCAUCGGCCUCAUCAAGUCGACAAGAGGCACUGAGACCAUCAGUUCGCAGAUUCUCAGAGCUCUGCAGUGCUCCAUGUUUGAAUGGGGGUCAGUGUGUCCACACAGACCUCUGUAACUGCAGUUCAUACCAAGCUGCCGGAGCUCGCUGUCAAACAGUCCCAAACACAGGCUUUGAGAGGGAGAUGACUUGUCGAUCGUGGGGACAGUAUAACUAUGAGACAUUUGAUGGCCUGUACUAUUACUUCCCUGGAAAAUGCACAUACACUCUCCUGCGAGACUGCGAAGACACCACCCAGUCCAGCAUCCUCAUUCAGGUGCACAACGACCCAGACUGCAGUUCGGUUCCCUACUCCUGCUCCCGGGCUGUCAGCCUGUUUCUGCCGUGGGAGGGGGAGAUUAGGUUGCAAAACUCCACCGUUUCCUUCAAAGGCCAAAGGAUACAGCUUCCUCACAACAUCCAUGACAUUGAGCUGGAGAGGAUCUCUCAGUACAUUCUGGUCUCCCAGCCACACGGCUUCACACUGGCCUGGGAGGGCCGCACAGGCUCUGUCUACAUUAAGAUGAGUCCGGAAUACGUUGGCAGGACCUGUGGACUGUGUGGAAAUUUCAACGCCGAUAUUCAGGAUGACCUCAGAACCAGCUAUGGUGUGCUGACUGAGGAUGUGGCCUUGUUUGGGAACAGCUGGGCAGACGAACAGCCGCAGCAGGUGCACUGUCCCAUGGUUCCCUCCUUCUUCACUUCUCCCUGCUCCGCCAAGGAUCCACACACCCUGCUGAAAGUGGAGGAGGUCUGUGGAACUCUGCUGAAGGAGCCUUUCAAAUCCUGUCAUGAAUUCGUGAGCCCAUACUCCUACAUGGCCAGCUGCUCUAAUGAUCUCUGCCAAUCUGGGCCCAAUGGUGAUGCCGUGUGCCAGGUGUUCGCUGAGUAUGCCCGUGCCUGUGCCCAUGCAGAGCAGCCUCUACACGACUGGAGAGAGCAGAUCCCCGGGUGUGGAGUCCAGUGCCCUCCUCAGCUCCAGCACAGGGAGUGUAUAACCUGCUGCCCAGUCUCCUGUAAUGUGGAGCGAAUGUGCAUCGACAGCAAACUACAAUGUCUGGACGGGUGUUACUGCCCUGACGAUCUGAUCUAUGAGGGAGGGGUGUGUGUGAAGGCCUCAGACUGUCCCUGCGAAUACCACGGCAUGAUUUACCCCCCCGGACACACGGUCCAGGAAGAAUGCAACAACUGCACGUGUGUGGAGGGAGCCUGGAACUGCACAGAACACAGCUGCCCAGGAGAGUGUUCAGUCACAGGGGACAUGUACUUCAAGUCUUUUGAUGGCCGUGUUUACACUUUCCCAGCGACAUGCCAGUAUGUCUUAGCAAAAAGUCGCAAUUCAGGGAAGUUCACAGUCACCAUACAGAAUGCUCCAUGUGGACCGAAUCUGGACGGGGCUUGUAUCCAAUCAGUUAACCUCGUGGUUAAUGAGGAUCCAAAGACAGAGGUCACGAUGAGCCGCGUUGGCGAGGUUUUCAUGUCCAGCCAGUUCCGAAUCUCCCUGCCCUAUUCAGACGAGGUGUUCCAAAUCCAGGAGCUGUCCUCACUGUUCCUGCAGGUGAAAACCGCCCAGGGCCUGCGGCUGCAGUAUAACUGGAGAGAGUUUCGCCUCUACCUGCAGGUGGACGAGUUUUGGAAGGAGGACACAGUCGGCCUGUGCGGUACCUUCAAUGGAAACAUUCAGGAUGACUUCCUCGCCCCCUCUGGAAUGAUUGAGAGCACCCCGCAGCUGUUUGGGAACGCCUGGCGCGUGUCGUCGGCGUGCGUGACCCGACCCAGCCUCCCGCAGCUUGACCCCUGUGACACUCACCAGCAAGCAGCCUCGUACGCCAUAGAGAAAUGUGAGGUUCUGAAUAAGGAGCUGUUUUCACCCUGUCACGAGUAUCUGAGCCCCCUGCCGUUCUAUCAGCAGUGUAGAGCGGACACGUGUAAGUGCGGCCAGCCCUGCCUCUGUUCGGCGCUGGCACACUACGCCCGUCUGUGCCGCAAACACUCCGUCAUCGUGGAAUUCCGCGCUCACAUCUCAGAGUGUGCGAUAACCUGUCCGUCGACGAUGGAGUACGGCAUGUGUGUGUCGGCGUGUCGCCAUAGCUGCAGCUCUCUCUCCUUGCCCCAGCCCUGCGGAGACGAGUGUGAGGAGGGGUGUGUGUGUCCUCAGGGGAUGUUCUAUAGCACACACACACACACCUGUGUUCGCAGGAGUGAAUGCCCGUGCAGCUUUCUGGGAGCAGACUACGCGCCUGGAGAGGUGAUCAUGACUGCAGCCGGUGUUCAGGUCUGCCAGGAUGGAAGAGUUUUGUCCCAAAGCACAGUCACUGAAAGGACGUGUCCUCCUGGUCAAUAUUAUGAUGACUGUGGGAACAUGGUAGAUGGUUCCUCACCGACCAAAGGUUUGGCAUGUGAGCUUACCUGUGAAUCUUACCUGCUCAACCUCACCUGUUCAGCUCACGAGCCCUGUGUGCCGGGCUGCGUCUGCCCAGCGGGGUUACUAAAACAUGGUGAGGAGUGUUUCCAGCCUGAGUCAUGCCCGUGUUUAUGGAAGGGGAAAGAGUAUUAUCCAGGAGACAAAGUCACGUCUCCCUGUCACACGUGUGUUUGCCAGCAUGGCUCUUUCCAGUGCCAGUUUCGGCCAUGUCCUUCCAUGUGCACUGCUUAUGGAGAUCGUCACUACAGAACGUUUGAUGGACUGGUCUACGACUAUGUGGGAGCAUGUAAAGUCUAUCUUGUGAAGAGCACAGCUGAGAUGCUGAUAAGUGUAACUGCAGAAAAUGUGGAUUGCUUUGAGACCGGCGUGAUCUGCAGGAAGUCACUGCUGGUCUCCAUUGGCCGAUCAUUGAUUGUGUUUGAUGACGACACAGGAAAGCCUAACCCAUCCAGUGUGAUUGACAGCAGGCAGAGCGUGUACAUCUGGCAGGCCGGCUACUUCACCAUCUUACAUGUGCCCGAGGAGGACAUCUCUGUGCUAUGGGACAGAAAGACGACCAUCCACAUCCAGGCAGGACCGCGAUGGCAGGGCAAGCUGUCCGGUCUGUGCGGGAACUUCGAUCUGAGGACAGUGAAUGAAAUGAGAACGCCAGAGAACAUCGACUCAGCCACGCCCCAGGAGUUUGGCAACAGCUGGACCGCAGCGGAGUGUGUUAAUAGCCCUGAUGUAAGACAUCCUUGCACCCUGAGUCCGCUCAGAGAGCCUUUUGCUAAGAGACAGUGUGGAAUCCUGCUCAGUGAAGUCUUCCAAGCCUGCCACCCAGUGGUGGAUGUGACCUGGUUCUAUGUGAACUGCCUGGCAGACACGUGUGGGUGUAACCGUGGGGGAGACUGUGAGUGUUUCUGUACCAGUGUGGCUGCGUAUGCACAUGCCUGUUGCCAACAGGGGGUCACUGUCGAUUGGCGAUCUCCAUCUGUCUGCCCAUAUGACUGUGAAUACUACAACAAAGUGCUUGGAAAGGGCCCGUUUAGGCUCAUAACCUACAGAGAGAGGGACAGGGUGCUUGCAGUGAACCGCUCCAGCGCCAUCGUCUUCCCAAGAAAGGGCGUGACGGACGCUGAAGGCAUUUUCACCCUGUUCAUGUUGACCCCAGCACUCAGCCGGUCCCGCCCACACGACACGUCCCUGGUGUCGUUUGAGGCUGCUCAGAGGCCAAACUACUUCCUGCAUGUGGAUGCGGGCGGACACCUGAAGCUAAGCAAAUGGGAAGACCGCACAGCAUUCUGGGAUGCAGCCACAUUCGUCCUGCACAGGGACACGUGGAUCUCUGGCUAUGACUCGCUGGAGUCUUUUUCGCGGCCAGGCUUCUUCCUGCACUACAUGCUGUCUUGGCUUCAUCUGAUGAAGUACAACCACACGGACGGCUUUCGAAAGGCCACACUCUUCAAACUCACAGGCACAUCCUCAGAUUUCCAGAUGGGUCCUCGGUGCCAGUGGAGGUAUGAGUUGUGUGCAAGCCCUUGUUUCAGGACCUGCAGUGACCCAGGUGCACAAGCCUGUGCUACCAUUCUAAAAGUGGAGGGAUGCAUUCCUCAGUGCCCAGGUCAGAUGGUUCUAGAUGAAGUCACUCAGAGAUGUGUACAUUUGGAGGACUGCAUUAAGCCUGUGGUCAUUCAACCUAUUACACCCUCCACAACUGAACCACCACUUGCUACUGUCACUUCUGUCACCACGGUAACAGCCAGCCCCUCCACAGCACAACCCAGCCCCACCACUGCCUUCAGCCCAGCCAGCCCUGCAAGCACCACUGCUCUACCAACUACUACUACACCCAUACCAGAGUUCACCAGCACUCUCACCACCAAAGCCGUCACUCCCACACCAGCAACUACAGUUCCUGAACUAACACGAACAGCUGUCCGACCAACACCGGUCGAACCUGUAACAACAGUCAGGACAUCCCCAGGACUCUCCCCCAGUCCCCUGAGUACCACCGAAAGAUCCACUGGGACACUGAGCACUGAAAAGACAACCACUGUGCCCAGUACAACUUCUCACCCACUUACCAGCACUACACCCAGACCAGAAAUGACAUCGACUCUGUCUACCAGCAGCACUAGCGUUCCCCCAGCCUCCACUCUGGCCCUGGUCACUCCUACUGUGACGACAAAGACCACUGCGGGAACCACAAGAAGAGAAACAGCCAGAGUCACUUUGUCUACUCCAGUUCCUUCUCCAACCAUCUCUGAAACAUCCACUGUCCACACGUCCACUGAGAGAGUCACUGUGCCAGAGACCACACAACCCACAACUGUUUCCACGAUGACGACAGUUCCUGGUUCCCCAACUGUACCCCCAAGCCCAGGCUCAGAAACCAUCACAACUACAUCCACCAUACGCACAUCUGCUGGGCCACUUUCCACAAAAUUUACCACUGAAACAGGAUCUACUGGAACACUGCCAGAUAAGACUGACAGCACACCUAGUGCUCCAGCACCAAGUGUCACAUCGGUUGUGACCACUGAGCCCUCUGCUACCUCCAUGACUUCUGGAACUACUCCAUCUACAGAGCACACCCUCACACCUACAACAACACAGUCCCCCAUAACAGAACCAUCUUCAACAACCACGCCAGCCCUUUCUACUGAGACAGAGUACUGGAACACAACAACAACAACAACAACAACAACAACAGAGACAAGUGUGUCUCCAGCGGCUCCAUUCACUACAGCAGAGGUGGAGGAAACCACCACAAUAGCACCUCCUCCUACCAGAGUGUGCACGCCUCCGUACUCAGAGAUAAUUGACGAAUGUACCAAGUACAUCUGUGUGAGUGGACAGCUCGUGCUUUUCAACAAGUCACAGAACUGUCCGUUCAACUCCACCCCACCGAACUGUGGUCUGCUGGGAUUUGCCAUUCUGGUGAAUGGAGACAAGUGUUGUCCCAAGUGGGACUGUCCAUGUCGUUGUUCUGUCUUCCCGGAUCUGAAUGUAAUCACGUUUGAUGGGAACAGCGUUGCUAUUUUCAAAGCUGCAUCGUAUGUGGUGGCGCAGCUCCCCAAUGAAACAGUCAGCAUCGUAGUUCAGGAGUGUCCGGCCAACGAGGACACACUGCUGUGGAAUUUCACCAACCUGUGCUUGGCUGCUCUAAACAUAACCCACAAAUCACACCAAGUACUCAUUAAUCGACUUCAGAGACGGCUAUUUGUAAACUCCAGGUAUGCAAAGCCCCGCUUCAAGAAAUACGGGUUUGAGGUUCUGGACACAGGGAACAUGUACCUGAUCAGGAGUCCAGCAGGACUAAAGAUCCAGUGGUUUCACAGCACAGGAAUGAUGGUGAUCGAAACUGAGAGCUACAUUAACAAACUGACCACCAUGGGGCUGUGUGGUUGUUGUGAUGGAAAUCCAGCCAAUGACCUGACUCUGUCUAAUGGAACAGUGGUGGGUGAGUGGGAAGACCCAGCUGUUUUUAUCGACAGUUGGCAGGUCCCAAACACCACCAGCUAUGUCAGUCACAGCCGACGCCGGGAGGUCAACUGCUCCACCAGCGACUGCUCUCAGUGCUUGAGCAUGCUGCAGAACUCCACCUUCACGCCCUGCCACACCUAUGUUCCUCCGGCCACGUUUUGUGAAGUUUGGGUGCGUGACGCGGAGUACGUGAAUAACCCGUGCGUGGCAUUAGCCGCAUACGUCGCCUCCUGUCACAAGUUCAACAUCUGCAUCGAAUGGAGGAGCCCUGACUACUGCCCCUUCGUCUGUCCCGAGGACCUGGUGUACCAAGCGUGCCUGCCAGCCUGCACUGCCCAGUCCUGCCCCAACCAGGACUUUGAGUACGACCCAGAGCAGUGCACAGGUCUGGCUGAGGGUUGUGUGUGUCCUGAGGGGACGCUUCUGCACCGGCCAUACUCUGCCCUCUGCAUCCCCCCCAGCAAGUGUGCCUGCACGGACAGCUUUGGAACUCCUCGAGCGUCAGGGGAAGUGUGGAAGGCCUCUCUGGACGGCUGCUGUAUGUAUAAAUGCGACAACGACACGAUUGUUCCGGUGGAAUAUAACUGCUCCGACGUGCCGCAGCCCGUGUGCACACGGACGGGAGAGGUGAUCGUGAGCCUGGCCGACGACAGGAGCUGCUGUCCACAAAAAGCCUGUGUUUGUAAUCAGAGUCUGUGUGUCAGCUCUCCUCCGGAGUGUAAGUAUGGAGAGAAGAUGGUGUCGUAUUUCAGACCGGACUCCUGCUGUCCUGAGCAUGCGUGUGAGUGUGACCCUGAGCACUGUGAGACCACCAUCCCGACCUGUCGGCAGGACCAGACUCUUAUUGCCAUAAGUGCAGACGGCAGCUGCUGCCUGGCACACAUCUGCAUGUGUGACUCCUGCCCAGUUGUUGUGCCUGAGUGCCUGGAGGGUGAGUUCCUGACAGUGGAUGCCAACAGCACAGACCGAUGCUGUCCCGUCUACCACUGUGUGUGUGAACCUCACCUCUGUCCAGAGCUCUCCUGUCCGGUGGGGAUGGCAGCCAUCAGCACGCCCGUUCCAGAGCAGUGCUGUCCGUCACAGUCCUGCGAGUGUGCGUGUGAUAGAAUCCCAAGACCAAAAUGUAAUCUGGGUGAAACUCUGCAGAUUGACAGGAGUUUCCUAACACAUCCUGAAAACACAUGUGCCUGCAAAAGAUACAAGUGUGUGAGAGAGAGUGUAUGUGUAGACGGUGAGAGGGGUGUACUGAAACCGGGGCAGAUGUUGGUUGAACACAGUGAGGAUGGUGUGUGUCAUACCACACAGUGCACCAGCGCUCUGGACCAGUCGACAGGCUUCUACCGCAUCCGGACCUCCAGCACCAACUGCUCUGCCCAGUGCCAGCCGAACCAGAUCUACGUUCCUCCUAAAGAUCCCAGCAGCUGCUGUGGUCAGUGUAAGAAUGUUUCCUGUCUCUACCAGAGUGAGAACGGCACCGUCACCUUGCACAAGCCAGGGAAGAGCUGGGUGUUAGACUGCAUGAGGUUUGACUGCACAGAAAUGCUAUCAGGGCCAACGCUGGUGUCCUACACCUACAGCUGCCCCCCCUUUAACGAGACAGAGUGUGUGAAGAUUGGUGGUACAAUAGUAAGUUACAUGGAUGGAUGCUGUAAAACUUGUACUGGAUAUUCACUCUUCCCAUUCCCAGUUAGUCCAUUGAAACCAACCAUUAGCACAAACUGUGAACGAGGUAAAGAGGAUGGAAAAUCCUGCCAGAAAGUAACGGUUAGAAUGACGAUUAGAAAGAACGAUUGUCGUAGUAACAGGCCGGUAAACAUUGUGUCAUGCGACGGCAAGUGUCCCUCCGCGAGCAUUUACAAUUAUAACAUCAACACGUACGCACGUUUCUGUAAGUGCUGUCGGGAGAUGGGUCUGCAGCGCCGUUCCGUCCAGCUUUACUGCAGCGGAAACUCCAGCUGGGUCAGCUACUCCAUCCAGGAGCCAACAGACUGUUCCUGCCAGUGGUCGUAG